UCUUUACCUUCGCUACCAACCUUCUCAUUCACUUCAUUCUUCUUUUUUUUCCAUUCAUUUCAGAGAUUUGUGCUAGUCACAUUCAUUCUUUAAACCAGUCCUUCUUUUUGCUGCGCAAAUCCUCGAAGCCACUUCAUAACAACAUGCGUUUCUCAUACUCGACCAUUGCCACUUUGGCACUUGUUCUCACGGCUGAGGCAGCGCCUCCAUUCGGACGACCGAGGGAACAUAAGGGUAACCGUCCCGAACUACCAGGCUCUCGUCCUCUUCCCCCUUGGCUUCCAAGCGGAAUGCCGACUGGCGGUGCUCCAUUUCCCAAUCCAACUGGAGGACUUCCCAGUCGCUUCCCGACUGAUGCAGCGCCAUUCCCUGGCCCUACUGGACUGCCCCCGCAGCAGCCUGGAUUGCCAGGAACUGGUGCACCUGGUCUACCUAUCCCUCCUUCGGGCCUCCCUCAGCCUCCUUCAGGUCUCCCAGUACCUCCUUCAGGUGCCCCUGAAGCCCCUGCUCUUGCUCCCACAGGUGCUCCUGGAGAUGCAGUCUCCUCUAUCGAGUUCGAAUUUCCUAGCUCCAUUGCCGUAGCCCAGCGUGCGAAGGCAACGGAUGAGGAAACCAAGGAAGCUACUGCCACCAGCACCCUCGCUAAAUCAACUGGAAACACCAAAGCCCCUACAGGGUUCUCCACUGUUGCUUCUGUAGCCACAUCAGCCGUUCCUUCGGGAGAUGCUUCCUCUGUUUCCUCUGUAGUCGCCUCCACUGAUGCCUCUGCUGCUCCCUCCAGUGCCCCGUCCAGCGUACCAUCUACUCCCCCUUCUACCGGUGGCGGCAAGGCCAGCUCCACUUUCCCCGAGGCUGCUGGCGAGUCGACGCUCGCUGAACCUAUGUCAGUCACUGGCGAGUUUGAUGGAGGAAUGACACGUUUCGGUCGAGGUGUGACUUGCGGUGGACAGAGCGAGGGAGGUGAUUCUGACGCUGUUUUCCUUCUCGAGGACGGCGCUACCCUCAAGAACGUCAUCAUCGGCGCUGAUCAGUCUGAAGGAGUCCACUGCCUUGGUUCCUGCACGAUUGAGAACGUCUGGUGGGAAGCCGUCUGCGAGGAUGCCUUAACACUCAAGCAGGAUUCCGGUACCUCUAAGGUGAUCGGUGGAGGAGCCAAGGGCGCUUCCGACAAGGUCGUCCAGCACAACGGCGGCGGAACUGUCGCCAUCUCCAACUUCUACGUCUCUGACUUCGGCAAGCUCUACCGAUCCUGCGGAAACUGCAAGACCAUGUUCGAGCGACAUGUGACUCUCGAUGGUGUUCUUGCUGAGGGUGGAACUUCCACUGCUGUUGGUAUCAACACGAACUUCGGUGACACUGCGACCAUCACCAACUCCUGCAUCAAAGCUAAGGAGAUCUGCACCGAGUUUGAAGGCAACGACACUGGUGCUGAACCAAAGAAGAUUAGCAGUGGACCAAGCUCCUCUUGCAUCUUCACUGAUGCCGACGUCAAUGCUUGCUAAACGAUAAGGACUUUCAGAGCCCGAAUGCAAACUCACAAGGAUGUCCAUAAGCGGUUGGAAAAAUAAGUCUCUCAUUUCAAGAGUCUUUGUAGCGACACUUUUACGUCGCAGUGUUAUGUAUAUAUAUUUUAUAUUCGAUUCAUUCUUUAGGUAGUGAAUGCGGUCUUCCAAUAUAAC